AUGUCAUUAAAUUUUAAUAAACUUUUUUUACAAGAUAUACUAUCUCGAAGAGAAUCCCCGCAUGCACUUGACUUAAAUGAAGAAAAUCUUAAAAUUCAAGAAGAAUCAGAGUAUUCAGCAGAAGAUAAUGAUGAUGAUAAUGAUCCUGAUGAAUAUGACGAUGAAGAUAAUGAAUCUGACGAUCGAUUUACUGAGGAUAAUAAUAAUAAUAAUAAUGAUAAUGAUGAAUAUUCAUACUAUACCGAUGAAAAAACAUGUACUAAUAAUAAAAUUAAUGAAAAUAAUAAAACAACUAAUAAAAUCAAAUCAGGAGAACAUUUACAACAGUUUAGACUUAUUUCAGCAUUGAAUAAUUUACGAUUAGCUGUAGAUAAACAAGCUAAAUUACAAUCAUUACUUAUUAAAGAAUAUAAUCCUACACCUGAUGAUACAACUAAUCAAACUAGUAAUCUAUCAGAUGUAAUAACAACAACAACAACAAUAGAUAAUAAAAAUGAUACGAAAAGAAAUAUUGAAUUUGAAAUUGAACAAAAAGAUGAAACUACAAGUCCUACUAGUAAAACAAUUCAAUCUAAAGUGACAUAUAGAUCGUCGAAAAAACCAUGUCAACAUAAUACAACAGAUAUACCUAUAUCUUUAACAGAUAAAGAUAUGAUAGCAUUUCGAAGAAAUGAACGUUUAUCAAAAAGAAAAGAGAAAGAUUUGACCAUAACUCUGACAUCCGAAAGACCAGAAUCGGAGGUUGAACUUAUACCAGAUAAGCAUGAACCCUGCAGAAUAAACCUACAAACGCUUGUAGAUCAGCAGGAAUGGCGACUCCAUGAACAUAUUGAAAUAACAAGACGUUCGGCUACCCAAGAAUAUACAAAUUCUAGUCAAAGUCAUCCUUGUAUUUCUGUUACAUGUAGAGCAGCACGUAGGCCUGGUUAUUUCUACUGGAAUGUCUUUCUAAUUAUGUUUUUUAUCACAGGAUUAUCAUUUGCAACAUUUGCUGUACCACCGGAACGACCAGAAAAUCGACUUCAAUUAUCUUUUACAUUAUUUCUAACUUCCGUUGCUUUCAAAUUUGUAAUUAAUCAGUCGUUACCGAAAAUCUCUUAUUUAACAUAUAUGGACAAAUACGUAUUAAUGUCACUGGCAAUAUUAUGUGUUGUUAGUGUAUGGCAUGCAGUAGUCACAUUAAUACCAAAUAGAAAAUCUACACAUGGUCAUAUCACUACAAAUGAUGAUAAAGGAAUUAUUGAUACACAAAAUUCACAGAAAUUAUCUCAACAAUUCAAUCAGCAAACAUGGAUAGCUUUAGCAUUACAAUCAAAGAAUCGUGAACAACAUAAACGUCGAUUAAUGAUGAGAAUUGAAAGAGAUGUUUUUGUUUCAUUCUGCAUAUUAUAUGUAUUAGCUCAUCUGACAUUUAUAUUUUGGUUAUAUUUUGACGCAAGCAGACGUAGAAGAGAGAUGGUAGAACGAGAUCGAUUAUACAAGAAAUGUAUGCAAGCAUCAAAGGCAUUAUAA